AUGCUAGGAUCAGUACUAAAAGUCCAUUUGUUUAUUUUGCCUUCUACCUCUCAUCAGGUCUCUUCCAUGGGUGACAGGGGAACAAGCAAUCACUCGGCAAUGACUGACUUCCUCCUUAUAGGCUUCAGGGUCCACCCUAAACUCUGUAUUUUCAUUUUCCUACUAUUUUUGCUCAUAUAUGCCAUGAUCAUUUUGGGGAAUGUUGGGAUGGUGGCCAUCAUUAUCACUGAUCCCCAGCUGAAUACACCAAUGUAUUUCUUCCUAGGCAACCUCUCCUUUAUUGAUCUCUUCUACUCAUCUGUUAUUGCACCCAAAGCUAUGACUAUCUUAUGGUCCGAGAGCAAGUCUAUCUCCUUUGCAGGUUGUGUGGCCCAGCUCUUCCUCUUUGUGCUCUUCGUUGUGACUGAGGGUUUUCUCUUGGCAGCCAUGGCCUAUGAUCGCUUCAUUGCCAUCUGCAACCCACUCCUCUAUUCUGUUCAGAUGUCAAUGCGUCUCUGCACUCAGCUGGUGGCUGGUUCCUAUUUUUGUGGUUGCAUCAGCUCAGUUCUUCAGACCAGCAUAACAUUCACUUUGUCUUUUUGUGCUUCUCGAGCUGUUGACCACUUUUAUUGUGAUACUCGCCCACUACAGAGAUUGUCUUGUUCUGACCUUUAUAUCCAUAAAGUGGCAUCUUUUUUCUUAUCCAGCAUCAUUAUCUUGCCUACUAUCACAGUCAUUAUUGUUUCAUAUGUGUACAUUUUGUCCACAGUUCUAAAUAUUCACUCCACUGAGGGGCGUAAGAAAGCCUUCUCCACCUGCAGCUCUCACCUGGGAGUAGUGAGUGUGUUGUAUGGUGCUGGGUUUUUCGUGUAUCUCACCCCAGACAGGUUUCCUGAACUCAGUAAAGUGGCCUCUGUAUGUUACUCCCUAGUCACACCUAUGCUGAACCCUUUAAUUUAUUCUCUGAGAAAUAAGGAUGUCAAAGAGGCUCUAAAAAAGCUUCUAGAGAAGAAACAUACUAUUUUUUAUUAA